GUUGAGUAAUUACAAUUCUUAAUUUCUUACAAUUUCAAUAAAUUUUCUUUGAAAAUCCACAAUAAGCUAAUGCUCCGCCAGCGUUAAUCCAGUUCGCAACAAACAGGAACGUAUUAAGAGCCGCUGAAAGCAUAGCCAAGCCAAGCCAAGUCAAGAGCAGCAGGAGCAGGAGCAGCCACAACAACAACAACAACAACAACAUCAGCAACAAGCAGGAAACCCGAAUCAGACCGUCUAAUCAUUGAGGCAUAUAGGAAAAUGGCCAACAUGUCGGUGUUACGGAUCAAGCGAGAGCUUGGCGAGGUUAUGCGAGGCGACGAGAUCGUACAGGGCAUGAUCAAGAUCGAACUGCUCAAUGACAAUUGGACGGACCUGCGCGGCGAGAUAAUGGGACCGAAGGACACGCCCUACGAGGGCGGCAAGUUUGCCCUGGAGAUCAAGGUGCCGGAGACGUAUCCGUUCAGUCCGCCCAAGGUGCGCUUCACCACGCGCAUCUGGCAUCCGAACAUUUCGAUCGCCACCGGCACCAUCUGCCGGGACAUACUGAAGGACAAUUGGGCAGCGGCGAUGACCCUGCGGACGGUGCUGCUCUCGCUGCAGGCCCUGCUGUCCGCCGCCCAGCCGGACGAUCCGCAGGACGCGUGCAUCGCCUACCAGUACAAGGCCAAGCACGAUAUGUUCCAGCUAACGGCCAAGCACUGGACGAACGUCUAUGCGGGCGGGCCGCACGCCUCUACCGAGUGCAACACGAAGGUGCAAUACCUCAAGGAAAUGGGCAUAGAUGAGCACGAGGCACGGACCAUGCUCUCCAAGGAGAACUGGAAUCUGGAGGGCGCCACGGAGCGGCUAUUUCACUGAGACCCAUUCAGGCAACUUAAAUUCGAGCUGUAGCUGUCCAAGCUGUUUGGACAAGCCAUAUAAAUUCUAGCCCACCAAUCACCAAUCAAUCAAUCAACCCCAUCAAUCAAUCAGUCAGGCAAUUCUACAUCAGCGGAGUUCCCAAAUUCCGGUUUGAUUGCAGGAAGAGCCCAACUCCAUUUCUAAAUAACGCAUAGGUUUCAAUGAGUUUUGUAAAUUUUUAUCCUU